CUAGCGUGCACCUCCCCGUAUCCCGGAUGUUGUCUGGCACCGGAAGAGAAGGGGCCGAUCUCCCAGCCAUCUUGUGGCAGCAUCCAGCGACCAGCUCGCAUCAAACCUCGUCGAAUCGGCGGUGAAUCCAGCUGAAGGGGCGCCAUCAUGCCCGGCCACCUACAAGAAGGCUUCGGCUGUGUCGUAACCAACCGCUUCGACCAGUUACCGGACGACGAGUCGGACCCCUCGGAGAUCCUGAAAGCUGCCGAGAACAAGAAGAAGGAGGGGGCCGCUGCUGGCUCCGCCAAGAGCGCCGCGCAAGCCGCUAAGCAGCCCAAGAAGGAGUCGCAGAAGGACAGGAAGAACCCGCUCGUGGAGAAGAAGGAUGAGUCCCAGCCUCCGGUGGCGCUGAAAAAAGAUGGCGUGAGGCGAGUGGGUCGACGGCCAGAACAGCAGCCGGGUCACCAGGGCUCCCAGCAUCACGGCGGCCAAGUUGAGGGGCGACUCGGCGACAAGAGGCCAGACCGCAGACCCCCUCGUGAGCGGCGCUUUGAGAAACCCGCCGAGGGAGACGGCCCUGACUUCUCCGCAGACAAGCCCUCCGGAGACCGGCCUCCAAGGGGACGCGGUGGCGGACGAGGUGGGCGCGGUGGACGAGGGCGGGGCAUGGGCCGAGGAGAAGGCUUCGACUCGCGUGGCAAACGAGACUUUGACAGACACAGCGGCACUGACAAAUCGAAUCCGAAAAGCGAGGAGAAACGUAGCGGCGCCGGCUCACACAACUGGGGAAAUGUGAAAGAGGAAGCCAGUGAGGCCCAACCAACUCCCGCUCCUGCUACUGAGAAGACUCCGGAGGGAGAGGAACAGGCACCCGCUGGCUCUGAGAACAAGGAGAACGAGGUGGAGGAAGUUAAACCGGAAGGACCCCGAGAGAUGACCCUGGACGAGUGGAAGGCCAUGCAGGACAAGGAGCGCACCAAAGUGGAGUUCAACAUCCGGAAGGCCAACGAGGGCGCCGACAGCCAGUGGAAGAAAGGAUACGUGCUGCACAAGUCUAAGAGUGAAGAUGGCACUGGCGAUGAAUCUGCCGAUCACCACUUCCGCAAACCGGCCAACGACAUCACAUCUCAGCUAGAGAUCAACUUCGGAGACCUGGGCCGCCCCGGCCGUGGGCGCGGGGGCCCUCGUGGGGGCAGGGGAGGCCGCGGCGGAGGAGGCAGCAGGCCGGCACGUGGCGGAGGGCGCGCUGAAAAGGCGAGUGGCGUGUCGGUCCCCAACGUGGACGACCCCGAGGCUUUCCCCGCCCUAGCCUGAAGGCUACUUCGCCACCACCAGCCCUUCCGUCACCGCCCCCCCUCCCUCCCGCACUCAUUGACGAGGCUUGCAUGCUAACCACAUUCUCAAAUAUCUUAAGAAAUCCUGGAAAAAAGACAAAAAAAAGUCGUCAGCAAAAAAGACAGUUAUCCCCUACUCGCACCACCAGAGGACUUAAAUUUUAACUACGAACAAGACAAAACAAAAGUGGAAAAAGGACCUCUUGUUACACUGACAUUUUGUAUUUUGAAACAUGAAAGCAGGGAUGUUUUCAUUGCUUUUUGCCCAGAGAUUAUGCAUAAUUCAUCAAGUUUGUUUGUGCUUGAAAUGAUGCAUUUUCUGCAAUUUGGGCGGUUCUAAGUGUGAGUCGCUGUCUUUCGGCUCAGUAUUACGGGGUCCUAGAAAACUUUGAGCUGGAGUGUUUUUCUUUUCCCUCUUCGGUGAUGUGGUAGCACUACACUACAUAUGAAACGUCUAUUAGAUAGCUCAAGUGUGACUUUUCAAAAGUGUAAUUAUCCUGACGAUACAAGUCCCUUUGAGAGGCACAAAGUGAGGAUAGGUGACCAGGCAACAGUGAUACGGACAACAAAAAAAAAAAAAAAAGCUUGGGAUUGUUCUGCUUGAUGUGCAGUGAAAGUAAAUGCCUCUUUUUUUUUGGGGGGGGGGGGUUAUUUUGGGGUGGACCAGUGGUUAGUAACGCAUUGUAUCCCCUGAUCCGGAUGUGCCGCCUGUUUGCAGGAUGUGUGUAUCUUUAGGCUGGUCCUCUUAGCUCAUACGGACUGUACUACUUGUAAAUUGAGGACCACUAAACAAAUGCUUUUAUUUUUAUUUCUCAUGUUAAGAGUGAGUGCGUAUGUGCGAGCGUGCGAUGGAAUGUGCAACUGCUAGUUACUUAGAAAGUAUUGGUAUGCUUCACGUGGUCAAAACCAUUAGCAGGUUCUCGCCCAUGAGAGUGGAAAAUGUUUCUCGGGAGGUGAUUGCGGCGGUCCAACGCAUCUCAAAAAGUGCUCGGUCUUGAUCUGAAGGCUCCCACCCAAUUCUGUAGACAAUAUUUUGCUGUGUGUUUUACUUUUGUUAUUUUAUGAGUGCCGCAGCACUCGUGCAUAAUGUCUGCUGUUGUGGAACAAUCAUGAUCUACAGAAUGUAUUUUUUUUUUCCCCCUUGUACGACUGUUUGAGCCACAUGACAGUACAACGGUGUGCAAACAUCCCUGUUCUAAUAAAUUGCUUUAGAGGUGUAAAAUGUA